AUGCAGGCGAGGGGGCCCCGAACGAGUCCCGCGGGCCCAUUUCUCCCAUUGUCGGCGGCGAUGCAAAUGUCCGUAAGCCAGCGGCGUCCCGUCGGCGGCGUCAAGUGCGGCGCGGCCAAUGGGCUCCACAAAGCGGGGAAGCACAAAGGGCGGCUGGGGGUGCGCGCGCAGGGCGGGGCUCCCGCCAGCCAAUGGCGAGCCGCGCUGCGGCCGGCCACCCCGGGUCGCGCCGCCGCCGGGGCAGCCCCGGCCCCCGGCCCGCAGCCCCCGCAGUCAGUCAGUCAGUCACGCAGUCAGCCAGCAGGAGCAGGGCUCGGGCACCGCGAGAUGCAGCAGCCGCAGCAGGAGUCGCCCCAGCCACUGGCCGCGAUGCACCCCUUCGACCCCAGGGUGUCGCCCAAGAUAUCGCCCGGCGCCUCCAGCCGCAUUCUGUACGACAUUCCUUGCAAGGUGUGCCAGGACCACUCGUCGGGAAAACACUACGGGAUCUUCGCCUGUGAUGGGUGCGCCGGUUUCUUCAAGCGGUCGAUCCGGCGCGCGCGGCAGUACGUCUGCAAGGCAAAGGCGGAAGGUUCCUGCGUCGUGGAUAAGACGCGCCGCAACCAGUGCCGCGCCUGCCGACUCCACAAGUGUCUCCAGGCCGGCAUGAACAAGGACGCUGUGCAGCACGAGCGCGGGCCGCGCAACUCGACGCUGCGGCGCCAGCUGGCGCUCUACCUCAAGGAGCCGGCCCAGGGGCAGUGCUCGCCCCCGCCGCCCCCGCCUCCCCUGCUGCCGCCGACGUUCCCCCUGCGCUCUGUGGAGGCUGUCUGCGAGUCCGCGGCGCGUCUGCUCUUCAUGAACGUUCAGUGGGCCAAGAGCGUCACCGGCUUCACUGCGCUGCCCAUGAAUGACCAGCUGCUGCUGCUGGAGGAGAGCUGGCGAGACCUGUUCGUGGUGGGCGCGGCGCAGCUCAUGCUGCCACUGGACGUGUCGCAGCUCGCGGCGCUACUGGGCUCCAGCAGGUCCCUGGCGCUGCUGCACCAGCUCAGGCUCUUCCAGGAGGCUCUCCUCAGGUUCGCCCACAUGGCUGUCGACGCGCACGAGUACGCCUGCCUCAGGGCCAUCGUACUCUUCAAGACAGUGCUGGAGACCCCGGGCCGGCGGCUGGAGGCUCCAGAGGCGGUGUGCGCGCAGCAGGAGGCGCAGCAGCGCGCGCUGGGCCGCUACACCGCCCUUGCCAGGCCGCAGCAGCCCUUCCGGCUGGGGAAGCUACUGCUGCUGCUGCCCGCCGUCCGCCAGGUGGCGCCCGACACCAUCGAGGAACUUUUCUUCCGCUCCACCAUCGGCAACAUCCCCAUCCACCGCAUCAUCUGCGACAUGUACCGCACCGGCGCCGACCCCGCCGUCCCACACACUCUGCCCGCAGCCUCUCCGGAGCUCUGA